AUGGAAGCACAAAGCCAACCACAGAAUACUGCCUCUGUUACUGAAACACGUGUGAUCACCAUCUGUGAGAGUGAAUUGCUGGAAACAGGUCGUCUCAAGAAACACUGUGUUGCUGACACGCUGGAAACAGGUGAUCUCCAGCAACACAAAGAUCGUGGUGGUCCUUCAAAGCGAUCACAGUGUGGAAAGUGUGGGGCAACAUUUAUUAAAUCAGGUGCCACGAAAAGGCACAUACUUUGUCACAGUGAAGUCAAGCUUCAUCGGUGUGAUGAAUGUGGGAAAGGAUUUACUCAAUCAUGCAGCCUGAAGGCACACAUGUGGAUUCACGGUGAAAUCAAGCCUUAUCAGUGCACUGUUUGUGAAAAAACAUUUACACUAUCAGGUGCCCUGCAGAGACACAUGCGAAUUCACACUGGAAUCAAGCCUUAUCAGUGUGUUGAAUGUGGGAAAAGAUUUACACAGUCAGGUAACCUGGAGUCCCACAUGAGGAUUCACACUGGAAUCAAGCCGUAUCAGUGUGUUGAAUGUGGGAAAGGAUUUAAACAUUCACAUCAGCUGCAGUCUCAUAUGAGGAUUCACAGUGGAAUCAAGCCGUAUCAGUGUGUUGAAUGUGGGAAAGGAUUUACACAAUCAUGUAACCUGCAGACCCACAUGAGGGUUCACAGUGGAAUCAAGCCUUAUCAAUGUAUUGUGUGUGAAAAAACAUUUACACUAUCAAAUGUCCUGCAGAGACACAUGCGAAUUCACACUGGAAUCAAGCCGUAUCAGUGUGUUGAAUGUGGGAAACGAUUUACACAUUCAGGUAGCCUGCAGUCACACAUGAGGAUUCACAGUGGAAUCAAGCCGUAUCAGUGUGUUGAAUGUGGGAAAGGAUUUACACAAUCAGGUAACCUGCAGUCACACAUGAAGAUUCACAGUGGAAUCAAGCCGUAUCAGUGUGUUGAAUGUGGGAAAGGAUUUACACAGGCAGGUAGCCUGAAGUCACACAUGAGUAUUCACAGUGGAAUCAAGCCGUUUCAGUGUGUUGAAUGUGGGAAAGGAUUUACACAGGCAGGUAACCUGCAGAGACACAUGAGGGUUCACAGUGGAAUCAAGCCGUAUCGGUUGAUCGAAUUGUCUGGAUUGUAA